AUGGAAGAUGACCCCAAUACAUCACCCGGGACUGAGACUGUCCAUGCCUCCAAGCCCACCAUCGUCGGCCUGUACGGAAUAUCUGGUACUGGGAAAACGUUCCUGCUGAACGAUCUACGUAAUCUCAAAGAAACUCUUGGUAUUUCGAACUUUUUUUUUUACGAGGGCAGCCAGGUCAUCGUCGAUGUAUGCCCAGGCGGGCUUGAGGAAUUCCAGCAAAUGGAAGACCAAGACAAGGCGUAUUGGCGCCAAUGUGCUAUCUCAAGAAUCCACGAUGACUGUACUAAGUCUCGAAGGGCUUCUGUCGUCGCUGGGCAUUUUAUGUUCUGGCGCGAGGGCGAAGAUUAUGGUCAAUUGGUCUGCACGCCAAGUGACUUGGAUGUCUACACACAUAUCCUCUAUCUGGAUAUCCCCCGCCGAGAGGAUUGCCCAAAACCGGGUCGCUGA